AUGACUCGUCUCGCACCUUACUACGAGCAACACAAGCUCGAGAACGUCCAAGGCCCAGGGGAUUCUCGUCCAACGGCUGCCCAGAUAGUCAAAGAUCAGGGCCUCAUUGACAGCCCCGAAUGGGCCGGCAGAGUCGUUCUCAUCACAGGUGUUUCGCCUGGAGGGCUCGGGGUUGAGACAGCAAAGGCCAUCCAUUUGACGGGCGCGGACGUCUACAUCACUACUCGAAACCUUUCCAAGGGCGAAGAGGUCGCCGAAGAGAUCCGAGCGGAUGGUAAGCCUGGAAAGGUCGACGUCGUCCAGUUGGAAUUGGACUCGCUGGACAGCGUUCGAACUGGUGCGGCCGAGUUUCUGAAGAAGAGUGGCAAUAAGCUCAACAUUCUCAUCAACAAUGCCGGCAUGUACCCAAGAAUUGACACGCUUGAAAUAUGCGCUAAGUUCUGGUUAGGAAUCAUGGCCUGUCCAAAGGGCCAAACCAAAGAUGGCUUCGAGUUGCAGUUCGGCACCAACCAUCUCGGCCAUUUCCUGCUCUUCCAACUUCUCAAGGAUGCUCUUCUGGCUUCAGCAAGCCCUUCAUUCAACUCCCGCGUCGUAUCAGUGUCCUCCGGCGCCCACCGGAGUGGCAAGAUCAACUUCGACGACCUCACUUUCGACAACACCGAGUACACUCCGCUUGGGGCCUAUAGCCAAUCCAAACUUGCCAACGUACUCUUCGCAAAUGAGCUAGACCGGAGGUAUCAGUCCAAGAACCUCCGAGCUCUGAGCCUACACCCGGGUGGCAUCCUCACUCCCCUCACGAGGUACCUGCCGACCACAGAUGACAUCAAGGCCGACAAGGAGCUCUACAGGACCGUGAAGGACCCUGCUCAAGGCGCUGCGACUACCGUUUGGGGUGCUGUGGCAAAGGAGUGGGAAGGCAAAGGAGGAGUCUACCUCGAUGAGGUUGCUGAAGGAUGGCUCACCCCGCCAGAUGCGUUGUACUUGUUGGCAACCUCUUAA